GUUUCCUGCAAGAUGGCACUUCGUACGCUUUGUCGCCAAGCGAGUUUUCUUCCCUCUUUCCAGUGCCCACUUCCCUCUCGCAUCUUUCGAGCACGAUUGAUAUCUGCUUCUGCAGUGAGAUUUUUAGCACAAAAAAUGGAACACCCUCGCGUAUUUUUUGAUAUGACCGCAGAUAAUCAACCUGUGGGAAGAAUUGUGAUCGAGCUACGGACUGAUGUUACUCCAAAAACUUGUGAAAAUUUCCGAGCUCUCUGCACUGGGGAGAAGGGUUUCGGAUACAAAGGCUCAACUUUCCACCGUGUUAUUCCGAAUUUCAUGUGCCAAGGCGGUGAUUUUACCAAUCACAACGGUACUGGAGGAAAGUCCAUUUAUGGUAACAAGUUUCAGGACGAAAACUUCACCUUGAAGCACACGGGCCCUGGAAUCAUGUCGAUGGCCAAUGCUGGGCCCAACACAAACGGUUCCCAAUUUUUCAUUACCACUGUUAAAACUACAUGGCUCGAUAAUAAGCAUGUGGUUUUUGGUGCAGUAGUAGAGGGAAUGGAUGUUGUAAAGAAAAUCGAAGCACUUGGUUCACAAUCUGGAAAGACCUCCAAGAAAAUUAUUGUUGCCGAUUGUGGUCAGCUUUAAGUUCCACGCAUAUUAUCUUUACGUAUUAUAAUUAAGUUUUCCAUCAUUACUACUUUUCUUUUUUAUUAUUGAUAGCCUCAACCUUUACCUGACUGUGGAAAUCAAUAUCAUUCCAAAUUAGGCAGUAAAUAAUUUGUACUUGUAUCACUUGUUAAAAGAUGUUCCAAUAGCAUUGUGAUUUCAUACUCUUGUAAUAUGCUAAAUUUGUGCCACUAUGUAGAAGUAGACUAAAUUGCAUUUA